GCUGUAUUGCUAUAUGCCAAAAGCAUUCCUUCCUGACGUUUCGCCGACAUCUAUGGCAGGCAUCCUCAGAGGUUGUGAGAUCUGUUGGAAACUAGGCAAGGGAGGUUUAUAUAUCUGGAAUGUCCAGGGUGGGAGAAAGAACUCUUGUCUGCUUGAGGCAAGUGUGAAUGUUGCAUUUGGCCACCUUGAUUAGCAUUGAAAAGCUUUGCAGUUUCAAAGCCUGGCUGAUUCCUGCCUGGGAGAAUCCUUUGUUGAGAAAUGUUACCUGGCCCUGAUUGUUUGAAACGUAAAAAGGAAAGUAUGGUAUAUAAUGUAUGAGUACUACGUUGGUAAUGUAAUAUUAUCUUCUAUAUAAACAACUUUUAGUGGCACUUGUUAUACAAGCUGCAAAAGAAGGGGAUUAUGGUGUCGUAUUAACAUCAAUCUAAACUGGAUUUGACUAGAAACAGUGGUGGAUCAUAGCCCUCUGGAAUCUCUUACCUUUACUAGUAUAUAUUGCAAUGAAUACUUUACUUAAGGUAUUCACUACUUAUAUUCUCAUUCACUACAUUAGUAUAGUUCUUAACAUAAAGGAAUACACUUGGCAACAUUUACAAAGAUAUUAUGGAAAAACUAUUCCUAUUUAUAGUUUAAGUGUCAGUUAUGUCAAAUAGAAAUCAAAACCAGAUAAAGUCUUAUUGUUGACAAAAUAACAAUCAAAAUUGCUGUCGCAGCGUUGUUUCAUGUCUGCAAUUCCCCUGUUUUUGAAAGUUGUUCUUUAUUUAAUAUCCUAAUUUUAGAGGGUUUCUUAAAAUAUUGGUAGCCAGAAUUGGUUCAUUUUCAUGGUUUCCUCCUUUCUGUUGAAAUUGUCCACAUGCUUUCCAUAGAUGUGGGCAAAAUGUCAGGAGAUAAUGCUUCUGGCCAUGACCAUACAGCCCAGAAAACUCAUUGCAACUCAGUGAUUCCAACCAUGAAAGCCUUCGACAACCCAUUUAGCACUCGUGUUUUGAUUGCGAAAAUGCCUCUCUCAGGAUAUGCAACUUCAGUAUUGAGUACUGUUGAAGUUAUCUGCACAUGAGGUACUGUUACAGCAUUUUGAGGGCAGCAGUGAAAAUGUAUCCUUAAAGAUGAAGGAGAGUUUAACAGAGGUUUUGGACUUCACAUCCCAGAAUCCAUGGUCACCGUAGCCUGUGGGAAAAGUUGAUGGGAGCAGGUCUUCAGAGAAUGGAAAGGCAAACUCCCGUCCAGUAGAAGCCACCUUGGGAGAAAAUACGUACAUACAACUAAAAGUGGGAAAGAGGUUUGGACCCAACAGUGAACGGGGAAAUGAACUGGCGAUUACAUUUCAGAGUCACUGUAGCAAAGCAUGUACUUUGUUCUACAAGUUUUGAGGGGUUAAUGGGUUGGAGGUAUUUCUGGAUAUGUGCUCAGCAGUCUCAUCAUAGGAACUCUUUUAGUUCUAUAGCACACAAAAAUAUGCCCCUCAUUUCAUUAAGACCAAACGUUUCUCCUUCAAAUGGACAUGUCUUACUGCAGAGGAGUCCAGGAGAUAACAUUAACAAAAUGGCAAGCAUGUCUGGAGUCAGGAUCCAAGGAGUAAGGCACUUUUCCCUAUCCACUGCUCCAAUGCUGUUCUUUGGAGCUGGCAAAGGGGGAGACAAUAGUGGAAAAGCGAAGCUCACCCUGAAAGAUGUGACAGAAUUAAUUCGGAAGAAAGAAUGCCACAGAAUAGUGGUGAUGGUCGGAGCAGGGCUCAGUACUCCCAGUGGCAUCCCGGAUUUCAGGUCCCCUGGGAGUGGGUUAUACAGUAACCUCCAGCAGUAUAAUAUUCCAUAUCCAGAAGCCAUCUUUGAACUUAACUACUUUUUUCAGAAUCCUAAGCCGUUCUUCAUGUUAAGUAAGGAAUUGUACCCAGGCAAUUACAGGCCUAAUUAUGCCCACUAUUUCCUCCGACUUUUGUAUAACAAAGGGAUCCUGCUGCGCUUAUACACCCAAAACAUUGAUGGACUGGAAAGAGUUGCAGGAAUUCCUCCAGAUAAACUAGUUGAGGCUCAUGGCACAUUUGCUACAGCAACAUGUACAGUCUGUCGAAGAUCAUACCCUGGUGAGGAUUUCAGGGGGGAUGUGAUGGCCGAGAAGAUCCCCAAAUGCCCUGUCUGCACUGGAAUAAUCAAGCCCGACAUUGUGUUCUUUGGGGAAGAGCUCCCUCAUCGGUUCUUCUUGCAUGUGACAGAUUUCCCUAUGGCAGACCUGCUCUUUAUCAUCGGAACCUCUCUUGAGGUGGAACCCUUUGCUAGUCUGGCAGGCACAGUUUGUGCUUCCGUUCCCCGUGUGCUCAUCAAUCGGGACUUGGUGGGGCCAUUUGCAUAUCAGCCACAACAUAAUGACGUGGCUGAACUGGGGGAUGUUGUUAGUGGAGUGGAAAGAGUGGUGGAACUCUUAGGCUGGAAGGCAGAGUUGCAAGAUCUGAUGAAAAAAGAAAAAGAAAAGCUGGAUGCAAAAGACAAAUAGAAAUUCUGACUUCUGCUGCUGAAAGUGAUGUUUACCUCCUAAAAGAAUGUGCUUCACCAUAGCUGAAGGUUACAGUGAUGAGAAACUAAUUGAUCAGAAGAAAUAAGAAUUAUUUGGAGAGCUAGCUGAGUUGUAUUUGAACUUCUUCGAAGUAUCAACAAAGAACUUUUUCUAAAGACACUUGGAAAACGACGAUUGAAAGUAAGAUUGCAGAACUGACUUCUACAGAAAGAGGCUUAGAUGAGGAGAGAAAGAAGUUCAACAUAGAAGCUACCUCACAGUAAAGUUCACCUCAUAGAUUUUUGUCUUUCAUUUUGACUUUUUCCAUUUGGAUUCUUGGAGUGCUUGAUAAAGCAUGACAGAUACAGUUGCAGCCUUAACUGGAAUUGGCUAAAUGUCUAACAUCUGUGUGCUUGCAAUAGUAUGCAGGUGAAGUCAAAUGGCACUGCAGUUUUCAACAGAAGUGAUGGAAGUCUGGCUGAGUCUUUAUCUGCUGCUGUAGUUACUAUGAAGAUCAGUCUGGAAACAGAGAUCCUUCCAAUAAUGUACUCUAUAUUAAUUUGUAGUGCAUAUUUGUUACAUGCAGAGACCUUGAUUUUUGUACAUUGACAUUUUUAAUGAAAAAUAGCUCACAAGGAAUGUUAUAACUGCUGUCUAAAUUGGAAUAAACUUUCAUGAAGUUGCUUUUUGAAUUAGGAAAAAAUAUUCAUCCAAAUAGCAGUAAUUAUUAAUCCGAAUAAAAAGCACCUUUCAACUA